AGCCCAGUAUUUUCUACAUUUCUUAAGAAGAACAAACAUCAGGAAGUGGUUUCCAGUCUCUUUGGAGUGUUUAAACCAGUGUGUGUGGAGCAGAGGGAGUCAGCCUGGAUGGUCUUCUCUGUCCGGCCUGGACAUCGGUUCCCAGACAGGAACUCAUGAUUCCUCUCAUGUAGGUUCUGAACGCCGUGCUGCUGUGAUUCUCUCAGGGUUUGGCCGUAAAUAUGGAUCAGCGUGGGGAACAUGAGAGCCAGACCAGAACUCAGAGCUCAGUGUCCUCUGCAGUCUCUGUGUCAGUCAGGCAACUUCGACUGUUAUUUGAACCUGCUGCUGAUCAAAGGAUCCACCCACUGAAACGAGGUCGUAACGACGCCACUAAGAGUGAUCCGUCUGAGAAAAUCCGUUUUUAUGACAAAGCUGAACGCAACAAUGCAGAAACCAUCGAUCAGCAGGAACCAGUCCUGUCUCCAAUCAGCUGUGUGUCCAUGAAGAGCAACCAGUCCAUGGAUCCAAUCACGGUGUUCAACGAAGGACUCCAGUCUAAGCAUAAAAGCAUAAAUCCACAGAGCCCAGUCUCAUCACCACCCAGCUGUAUAUCGCUGAGGAGUGACCGGUCCAUGGAUCCAAUCACUGUGUUCAAAGAUGGAGACCCGUCGGAGCAAAAAUGGAUCCGGCAGCAGACAUCAGCCAUGUCUCCGGUCAGCUGUUUGUCACUGAAGAGCAACCGGUCCAUGGAUCCAAUCACUGUUUUCAGAGAACAACGGCAGUCUGUCCAGAACGGGAUGAAUGAGCAGAAACCUGCGUCCUGCAUAUCCCUGAAGAGCGACCGGUCCAUGGAUCCAAUCACUGUGUUCAGAGAACAACAGUCUGUCCAGAACGGCGUUGAGCAGCAGAACUCAGAGUGUCUCUGUGUUCAGUCUCCCUCUCAUCCUCAGAAUGAUCUGGACUCUAUAUUUAAGGCUCUGGAGGAAAACAUCAUGAGUUUUGUAAAAAGAGAGCUGAAGAAAUUCCAAGACGUUCUCGGACCAGAUUACCAUGAAUGCUUAACGAGCCGAGGAGAGAAAGAAGAGGUGCUGGAUGAAGAUGAUGAUGACCAAGGGAAGACCAGUGGAGAGUCAUUUCUGAAGCUCACACUAGACUUUCUGAGGAAAAUGAAACAAAAGAAGCUGGCAUAUUAUCUGCACAACAGGGCCUCAUCAACAGAGUAUCAGCAGAAACAAAAGUCUAACCUGAGGAAAAGGUUCCAGUGCGUUUUUGAAGGGAUCGCCAAAGGAGGAAACCAGACUCUUUUAAACCAGAUCUACACGGAGCUCUACAUCACCGAGGGAGGAACCGGAGAGGUUAAUGAAGAGCAUGAGGUCAGACAGAUUGAGACCACCUCCAGAAAACAAGACAGUCUGGAAACUAUCAGGCAGGAAGAGCUUUUUAAGGCUCACCGUGGGAAAGCUCAGCCAGUCAGAACCGUGCUGACUAAAGGAGUCGCUGGCAUUGGGAAAACGGUCCUAACUCAGAAGUUCACUCUGGACUGGGCUGAAGACCAAGCACACCAGGACAUCCACUUUGCCUUUCCGUUCACCUUCAGGGAGUUGAAUGUGCUGAAAAAGAACCGGUUCAGUUUGGUGGGACUGAUUCAUCACUUCUUCCCAGAAAUCAAUGAAAUCUGCGAUUUUGAACAGUUUAAGGUUCUGUUCAUCUUCGACGGUCUGGAUGAGUGUCGACUUCCUCUGGACUUCCACAGCAAGGAGGUCCUGACUGACGUCACAGAGUCCACCUCAGUGGAUGUCCUGCUGACGAACCUCAUCAGGGGGAAACUGCUCCCCUCCGCUCAGAUAUGGAUAACCACCAGACCUUCAGCGGCCAGUCUGAUCCCUCCUCACUACGUGGAUGUAGUGACAGAAGUCAGAGGUUUCUCAGAUUCCAAAAAGGAGGAGUACUUUAGGAAGAGGUUUAAAGACAAGAAGCAAGCCAACAGGAUCAUCGCCCACAUAAAAUCAUCCCGCAGCAUCCACAUCAUGUGCCACAUCCCCAUCUUCUGCUGGAUCAAUGCCACCGUUCUGGAGGACAUGUUGAAAACCAGAGACGAUGGAGAGCUGCCAAAGACCCUGACGGAAAUGUACAUCCACUUCUUGGUUGUUCAGACCAAAGUCAAGAAGGUCAAGUAUGAUAAGGGAAUGGAAACCGAUUCACACUGGAGUCCAGAGAGCAGGAAGAUGAUUGAGUCUUUGGGGAAACUGGCUUUUGUUCAGCUGCAGAAGGGAAACCUGAUCUUCUACGAAUCAGACCUGGCAGAGUGCGGCAUUGAUGUCAGCGAGGCCUCGGUGUACUCAGGAGUUUUUACAGAGAUAUUUAAAGAGGAGAGAGGGCUGUACCAGAACAAGGUGUUCUGCUUCAUCCACCUGAGUGUCCAGGAGUUCCUGGCUGCUCUCUAUGUCCAUCUGACCUUCAUUAGCUCUGGUGUCAACCUGCUGAUGGGAACACCAAAUACAUCAGAGACUGGAGAACCGGACUCUGCAGCAUUUAAGCUCCAUCAGCAUGCUGUCGACGAGGCCUUACAGAGUCCAAAUGGACACCUGGACCUGUUCCUGCGCUUCCUGUUGGGACUUUCUCAGCCAGCAAAUCAAACCUUUUUACAAGGCCUGCAGACAAAAAUGCAAAGCUGCCCACAAAGCAACCAACAAACAAUCCAGUACAUCAAGAAGAAAAUCUGUGACAAUGUUUCUGUGGAGAAGAACAUCAACCUGUUCCACUGUCUGAAUGAACUCAACGAUUGCUCUCUGGUUGAAGAGAUCCAACAGUACCUGCGAUCGGGAAGUCUCUCCACAGAUAAAAUGUCUCCGGCCCAGUGGUCGGCUCUGGUCUUUAUCUUAUUGUCAUCAGACAAAGAUCUGGCUGUGUUUGACCUGAAGAAAUACUCCGCUUCAGAAGACUAGCUUCUAAAGCUGCUUCCAGUGGUCAAAGCCUCCAACAGAGUCCUACUGAGUGGCUGUAACCUCUCUGGGAGAAGCUGUGAAGCUCUGGCUUCGGUUCUCAGCCUCAAAUCCUCCUGUCUGCGGGAACUGGACCUGAGCAACAACAAGCUGGAGGACGCAGGAGUUAAGCUACUUUCUGUGGGACUGGAAAGUCCCAAUUGUAAACUGGAGUCCCUUAGUCUUACAGGUUGUCUGAUCACGGAGGAAGGCUGUGCUGCUCUCGCCAAAGCUCUGAGCUCCAAUCCCUCCCACCUGAAAGAGCUGGACCUCAGCUACAACCAUCCAGGAGACUCAGGAGUGAAGCUUCUGUCUUCCAGGGUGGAAGAUCCACACUGCAAACUAGAAAUGCUCAGAGUGGAUCAUUGUGGAAAGCAGUGGUUAACACCGGGCCUCAAGAAGUAUUUCUGUGAAAUUGAACUGGAUCCGAACACGGUCAGCAGGAAGCUGGUACUGUCGGCCAACAACAAGAAGGUGAAGAUUGUCGACGAGGAGCAGCCGUAUCCCGACCACCCGGAGAGAUUCGAAUGGAAUCAGCUUCUGUGCAAGAACGGCCUGACGGGUCGCUGCUACUGGGAGGUGGAGUGGAGCGGGAGGGUUCUGGUGUCGGUGAGCUACAAGCGACUCACACGGCGCGGUCUAAGCAGUGACCGCUGGUUUGGAGGGAACGAGCUGUCGUGGGGUCUAAGGUGCUGUGACGAUGUUGGUUAUGCUGUUUGUCACAAUAACAUCAUGACAGUCGUGCCCCUCCCUGCAUCCUGCCUCUCCCAUAGAAUAGCAGUUUACUUGGACUUUCCUGCUGGGACUCUGUCCUACUACAGAAUCUCCUCGGACACUUUGACGCACCUUCACACCUUCAACGCCACCUUCACUGAGCCGCUGUACCCUGGCUUCGGAUUCUGGUUUGAUUCCUCAGCGUGUAUUUGUUCUCUGUAAUGAGCAGAGUAUUUGAAAGUGAAAUCAACUUUGAAACUGUAGCUGGUAAACCUGUUCAGUACAAUACUUUUUGA